CAUCGACACCACACAUCGCAGCUGACCGUCGCAGGAGACGGAGCUUGCCGCGACGAAAAAGCCACUUUUCUCCCUUUAGAUAUCCCCAAAUCUUCUUCCUCACCAUGAGCGAGGGACGAGACACCGACGAGGACCUCCUGAGUGACUACUGGGUGACGUCGUGGGAGCAGCAGACGGCUCAGGAGCUGGAGAGCGAGGCCGACCGCCAGGAGCUCCUUCGGGCCGAGGCGGACGAGGCCAACGAGACGAUGUGGGCGCUCUUCCAGCAGGCCGCCCAGUGCGUGGCGCUCAUGUACAAAGGUGCAGCAGACAGCCAGAACUCAAUUUGGGUGCCAUUCCAGACAGCUGCCGGACACAUCACAGCACUCUACAAAGAGGCUGUAGAGUCAGUGCGACGCAGUGGAGAGGCAGGAGUGCAGGCAGGGUAUCAGCGACGCACACGAGAGGUGCUCAACUGGGCCCGCAGGAGGAGACACAUCCGCCGUGAGGAGUUGAUAGCAUUUUUAGCUGGCAAGACACCCCCACCCAGAGCAACCCACCUCAGAGGUUCUCCCCGCACCCGCAUAUCACUGGAACGCAUGAGCCCACGCCUGCCCAGCCCUCACCACCACAGUCACGUACACCCACACACACACAACCCAGAGCCAGACCUCAACACCUUCAAAGAAGCUCUGGGGAUCUCAGGUCAACCAAGUAUAAAUGUACGUCCAUCCCCAGUCGGGUCACCCACCCUCUCCUCCCGCCGGCGGAAUUCAACACACUUGCCUGAGCUCCAGGCUUUCAUAUGUGAUGAAUUUGCAAGAAAUAAGCGGCCAGCACCCUCAUCUUCUCCCACCCAUGAUGUCACCAUGGACUCACCUCAGCACAAACGCUCUCGCUUUACUUAAAGAUAUGAGUUAGAUUUUUUUUUUUUUUUUUAUUGUAGUUACUGCUGUUUUUUUCAAUUAUUUUUUUUAUUUUAUUUUAUUAUAUUUUGUGACAGCCUCUUUCACUGUGCCUAAAGGUUGGAUUUUUCAGUGGGGAAGUUAUCUAUUUGAUUUUGAAGUUGCAAAUUAUAGAAGAUAGUACUGAUUCUUAAGAAAAUCAGAAUUUUAAUUUUUUUUUUCCAUCCUCUUUUUUUCAUUCAUUAUUUAUAUUUUCAUGCUAUUUUUCUUACCAGACAGUAUAAUUAUGUAAGGACCCUGAAUGGCCCUCUUUUGAAGGUCGUGUAGUAGGUAAUGUACUUGAAAGACUCUAUCUGUCAGGUAUAUUAUCUUGGGCCUGAUUUAAUUUUGUUUAUACAGAUAUAGGGAUCUAGAAAUGUAAAAUUUUAACAAUGUUCUAUAUUACUCAAAGAUAUGAGUUCUGAUAAGUCGUGAAUUCCCUGUCCCCUCCUCGUCUCCUUUCCUCUUCUCUUCUAUUUUCCCAUCUCUACUCUCUCUCUCUCUCUUUCUGUCUCUCUCUCUCACUCUCUUUCUCUCCAUUCUACUCCCUCCUCUUCUUGCUCCUCCCUCUUAUCUUCUGUAGAAUGUCAAUGGAUAACUUUAAUGCUCUUCAGCCUGAGACAGACAUGAUGCAUAGACCAAUGAGUCAUGUCAUUGUGCCUAUUCCUUUGUAAAUACUUGUAAAGAAAUAAACAUUUUGAGAGGUCGUAUCCUCAGAUAUCCUCAGAGGUUUUGUGGCCUCGUGAAACAAGAUGAGAGCACAAAAGUUCACUCGUGAAGAAAACAAGUGUCUUUACAAAAAAAAAAAAAAAAAAAAAAGUUUAUUAAAUGUGUAUGAAGAUGAUACACAAAUCAUUAUUGUAAGGUAUCGUUGAUAAAAGUGUAUGGAAAUAUUCAGGUUACAAAUUGCAACAGCCAAAAUUAUUCUUAUUCACACUUCUGAGCACUUUAACUGAAUGAGGCUAGAGUACACAAAAAUGAUCAGGCAGGUUAUAUUAGCUUGUCUUAAAGUGUACAGACUUGACAUUACUUGGUAGUUGAAAACUGCAAUAUUUAUCUUUAGAUUUUGUUAUAGUGUUUGAUUGUGGUUAUUAUAUGUAAUGUCCUGGACUCCUUCAGUGAAAGUGUUUGGGGAGGUAUUUUUUUAUUAUCAUUAUUAUUAUUAUCAUUUUUUUUUUUUUUCUCUCUCUCUCUUGUUUCUUUUUUCAUUUAUAUCUCUUGAAUAGGAAACAAUCUAGGGAAAGUAUGUUUGAUAUAAAAAAGCAACUUCAGAGGCCAGCAGUUUUAUGCACUUUGGUAAAAGAAAUGAGGUAGAGGACACACCUAACCGUGGAAAACAAGUUUAAAAUACAAAGCAAAUACAAACCCACAGCUGGCUCAAAUCAGCCAGUAAUAGUGUAAGAAAUCUCUCAAAGGUCUCUAAAAGUAGAGGAGCAAACAACGUGAUACCUCUUUUUAAUAUACAUUAUGUAUGGAUAAUAUAAAGAAGUUAGUAUUUAAGGUGUUUUCAGUGAUGCACUUUGUAUGCAAAACUAGUCCCAUACAGGAGUUUUGCUUACCCUGUACAUGCUUCCAGUUUUCUUGCCUUGGCCCUCAAGAAACUGUCCCUUUUCACCUGGCUUGUAAUUUACAAUUGUACUUUGUGACUUGUUAUUAUAAAUAAUGGUCCAGAAUUGUUAAUAAAUGAAAUUUCUAAUGUGGUUCCUAUUGCCUGGAAUAUUUUUUAAAAUUAGUGUUAGAUACCAUUUUUGUAUGAUUUUUUUUUUUUUUGUUGACUUUUUCAUGUAGUAAAUUAGGCCUUGUAUAUGCUAAAAACAAGAAAAAAGAAGUAAAACCUUGCACAACCAGCUAAAAACAAAAUUAUGUUAUGAUAGUAAUCUCAGUCUUGUUUGUGAAAGAGAUAGUUCAUGGUUUGCAAAAGACGUAAAGACAGCAUCAGUCAAAGGGAUGUCCAUUUCAGUGGUUAGGAGAUAUGACACCGAGUUGGGCUCCUACAGUGAAACAAAGUUUAAUCUCAUAACAAUGCUGUAAGCAUUGCUGUACUAGAUAUAUAGAGGGGCCAUUUUUCUGUCAAUAUGACCAAGGUUAAAAACAAAUUUAGACCAAAAGGAAUGUUUAAAAUGGGAGUUAAAGAGGAGUCAUUUAUUGAGGAAACUUAAAAAAAAAAAGUGGGGGGAUACAUAUGAGCCAUAUUUGCAUGAACCAUCAUGCCCAGUGGGCAGGAGCAGGAAGCCCAUCUUUGGCCAACUUUGAAAUUAAACCAGUGGGAUGCCCUUACCUGAAGCUGACUCACCCACUGAUUGGUUGUACUGCCUAUUGCUAGUAGCGGCUGCCACUGAUUUAUGAAUUCAUGUCAACAGAAAUCACCAAUGUGGCUAAAGGAAUUUGCCCACUGGUUAUGCCUGAUCAUGUGGACAUAGCUUUAGAUGAUAUAGGUUUUUAUCAAGAUAAUUAUCUAGUAAUUAUGGCUAUAUUGACAGGGCUUAAGAUAACAGCAGCAAGAACAAAAAUAUAAUUAUUUAAGCAACUUGGCAUCUCCUCAUCAGUGCUGGAGUAGACAUCUUUGCAAAGUGUGAGAAAAGGUAGUGCAACAUUAAAUGCUUCAUUUUUGUUAUAUUAUUUGUUUUCAUGUUUGAUAUUAUCCCCACUGCAAGUGCAUCACAUUGUAAAAUAUUCAGUUUAUGUGUACAUAGGUUUUAUUUUUAUGUACUUUUUCCCCCCUUCCCUUUCUUUUUUUAUUUAUAUAUAUAUUUUUUUUGUCCUACCUCUCUUCUAUUCUCUCUUUGCUUUCAAUUGAUUGUGCCAUGUUAGAUCUCCAAAUUUCUUUCCUCUUUUUCCUUUCUUUUUUGUAUAUAUAUAUAUAAAUAUACAUAUAUAUAUAUAUACAUGCAUACAAGACAAAAGGUUGGUCAGUUUGAGGAGUGGGGGGAAAUAGUAAUGCAAUGUCUUAAUCAUGUGCAAGUGUCACCGUGUGCAUUUAUAGAGAGAGAGGCAGUGUAAAAAGAAAAAGAAAAGAAAAGACAUAGUGUAAUUCUGUACAUUUCUUCCUCUCUUUCAUCUGCUUUUCAUAAACAAAAAUAUAUAUAUAUUUUAGAGCAGUAUCGCAUUCAAGAUUUAACCUUCUUUCUUGUGAAUAAAAAUUAAAAUCAGGAAAUAUAUAAAAACAAAAAACA